AUGCCGGAAAAGUUACCCUCCCAACAACCCUCGGGGAUGGCCCAGUCGCGUAACCCGCGGUCCAGGCCGGCCAGUCCAUCCCGGAAUGAAGAAUCAAGCCCAGGAGAAGGCUCCGCACGGCGACGAUUGCAGAAACAUGCUUCUACGACCACCUUGCUUUCCGACACGUCCUCCCACUCCGCCAAAAGUUCAUCCGGCACUCGCAUUGGAAUCAUGGGUAAAAGAAGAUUAUCCAUUCGAGAUCAAAAGGCUCCCCAGGGCCCGCGGCCUCAGGACCCGUCUCGCCGGAGUAAUCAAUCCGGUUCGUUUUUUCACUCCGGCAAUUCUUCUAUCGAUUCGACCCAAAGCAGUCUUCGUUCGACGAGCAUGAGCAACCUGGCCAAAACGGACAACAACACCCCCCCUGAGAGCACGGACUUUCUGGCCCCCGUCAGUUUCGAUGACUUUCACAAUAGUAUCAUGCAGGAACCAAGUCUCAACCAUUUCCCCAUGCCGGGGACCGGGGCCGCUCACUGGUCCAAUCCGACCAACGAGAAUACUGGCCUGGGACGAACGAGGAGUAAUUCGGUGCGCGGGAAGGGCUUCACCGGCCAAGGGCCCUCGGCGGAUUCGACACAGGGCAGUGCGGCGACGGAAGGCCCCGCUGCUCGGGGCCGUCGACAGAGCCUGGUCCAUACACUUGGGACGGGCCUGACCGGGACCAGAGCCCCGCGCAAGUCCCUCGGGACAGGGCCCCUUCCGACACCUGCGGCUGCCAGGCGACUGAGUAUAUCGUCCCGAAAGACGAGCGUCGAGACCCGCACCGACCCGGCGAAUUUUCUGCAGCCUCGACCGCAGCUUCCCGAGUCGGAUCGAGACGAGCGAAGCCGCGUUCCAGCCAGUGUGCGGAACAUGAAGGCCAAGUCCUUCCAGCCCCAAUUGCGAGACCCGCGCGACCCCGUGAUUGCGCCGGGACCUGCGGUCGAUCAUUCUCGACCAUCCUCCACCAAUGCAGUCCGGACCCCGGCCAAACCGGGGGCGCCUCGGGCGGUCACGCCCACCUCGUCGUCGAAACGAGUGUCGGUCAUGCCCCCGCACGCAACCGGUCUUGGGGCACGAACGAUCAGUCCCACCGACGCCCGGCGGAUGAGGCGGAUGUCCAUCGCGGCUCCGGCUGAUUCCAUGCCCUAUACCCCUCCGACCGACGCCGAUCCGCUACCCAUACGACCCCGCUCCAGUGCUCCAUCGCCAUCCCAGAUUCCCCGCAAAAGUGUGACCCCCUCGUCGAACCGCACGACCCCCGACCCGAACCGGAAAUCCUACAGCUCGGGUCUGUCCGUGUCCUCAAACACGAGCUACAACUCCGCGCGGAACUCGUCCGGGUCACUCCAAGCCAGACUCUCGCAAAUCCAAUCGUCCUCUCGGCUCCCGACUCCGAAACCCCGUGUGGAGCAGACAGCUACUGCCAAUGAGGAUGUACCUCCCGUGCCUGCCAUCCCCAAGGCUUACGAAUCCCCCCGAGGCGAUGGCGACCAACCGACCCCGACAGACCAACCGGUGCGCAAAUCCAGUUUACCAUUGGAUGUACUGUUGAAGUCCAAGUUGGAUCCUGAUGUUGACCACAAUCUGGCGGUCAACAACGCCAAGUACCUGAGGCCCGACGCCUCGGAUGAGAGCUCCAUGAAAACCCCAGAAGCGAAGCCGAGGCAGUCCGUUCAGUAUGGGAAACGGAGCUUGCAGCCGCUGAAGCUGCCGCCCUUGAACCUCCUUCCCCUGGGAACGCCGAUGACAUCUAAGAUUGAAGCGUUGCGGGAGCGGGAAGAAGUACCCAAGCCGCACACGCCAUCUGGUCAGAUCAUGUCGAAGACCCCGACGACCCCGUUGACGGCCUCCAAAGCGAAUUUCUUCUCCGUGCACGAUGAGGAUUACAGCGUCCCGCAAACCCAAGCCAGAAGCAGCACGUCUCAUUUUAUUGUCAGCUCCUCGGGGCCGUCCUUAAGGACGGCCAGCAGCUCGAGUGCGCUUGCGUCGUUUGACCACACGACCGGAGGGGCGCGGACCCUGUCACCCUACCUAGCCUAUUCACUACCCAAAAACAACAGUGAUUAUAGCUAUAUACGCCAAAAGCCGAGCGGUGAACACUCGCCCAAGUCGGGUCCGAUAUAUAAGCCCAAUGGGCCUCGUCCGCAAACUCAGUCUUCUGCGAUCUCGAGCGCUGACACGAUCAGCCAAUUAUCAACCCCAUCAGAUGCCGAUAACAACAGUGUCUCUGGCUCGUCCUUCCGCCACAAGAUCACGUUGAACAAGCGUAGCAACUCCAAGGAACAACAAGAAAACAACACGGAUCCGACCAAAUAUGACCACAUGCCGCCCCCGAAGCUCCCAGCUUCAGCCACCUGGAACAAUCUGACCACGGUCAAGGAUACGAGCCCCACUUUGAAACCCGGCUAUCUCAAGUCCCGCCGGCAAUCUUCUAUAUCGAGCACAGCCAACUCCUCCUUUAGAAACCCCAGCGUCGGCAGUGAAAACAGUCUCGGACUGGAACCCAGUCGCUCCAACGAAUCCGGUGGCAGUGACGUCGCCUAUCGCCCGGGCGCGUCGAUCCUGUCGCCGGUACACAAAAUCAUCAGCAAUGCGAAGUCGAAUACCCCGGCACCACCAACUUCUGCUCCUGAACCCAAGAUUGAUCCUGACAUUUUGGCUGGUGAUGAGGAGAUGCGUCGACUCGGGAGUAGGCGGAAGGACACUGAGAUUGCAGCCAGGGAGCUGGAUGACCUGCGCCGCAAGGCUAGCCCCAAAGACCGUGUCAGUCCGGCACAGGCACUCCGGAUGGCUGGCCUGAACAUCUUUGAGCGCGGGGAGAUCAUCGAUUUCAAGGACAUAUACUUUUGCGGGACCAAAAAUGCGAAGAAGCACGUCGGCGAUUUGAAUGCCCAGGCGGCCAACUUUGGUUAUGACGAUGAUCGUGGCGACUACAACAUUGUGAUCGGCGACCAUCUCGCCUAUCGCUACCAAGUUAUCGAUGUUCUGGGUAAGGGCAGCUUCGGCCAGGUGGUGCGCUGUAUCGACCACAAGACCGGGGGUUUGGUGGCAAUUAAGAUAAUUCGGAACAAGAAGAGAUUCCACCAGCAAGCUUUGAUUGAGGUCAACCUGCUUCAAAAGCUGAAGGAGUGGGAUCCCCACCGCCGCCAUAGUGUUGUCAACUUCACGCAGAGUUUCUACUUCCGAGGGCAUCUCUGUAUCUCCACGGAGCUCCUGGGGAUCAAUCUCUACGAAUUCACCAAGGCGCACGACUUCAAGGGCUUCAAUGUCAAGCUCAUCCGUCGGUUCACCAAACAGAUUCUCAGCACACUGGUGCUUCUGCAUCACAAGAAGGUCAUCCACUGUGACUUGAAGCCGGAGAAUAUCCUUCUUGUACACCCCAUGAGCUCUGCCAUCAGGGUCAUCGACUUUGGUUCCAGUUGCUUCGAGAACGAGAAGGUCUACACGUACAUUCAGAGUCGGUUCUACCGGUCUCCCGAAGUCAUCCUGGGCAUGUCAUACGGGAUGCCCAUUGACAUGUGGAGUGUCGGCUGCAUCUUGGCGGAACUCUUCACUGGGUAUCCCAUCUUCCCAGGAGAGAACGAACAGGAGCAGCUUGCUUGCAUUAUGGAGGUGUUCGGUCCUCCGGAAAAGCAUUUGAUCGAGAAGAGCACCCGCAAGAAGCUCUUCUUUGACUCAAUGGGCAAGCCCAGAAUCACGGUCUCGUCCAAGGGACGGCGGCGACGGCCCAGCUCCAAGGAUCUACGACAAGUUCUCAAGUGUGACGACGACGCGUUCCUGGAUUUCCUGACCCGCUGUCUCCGGUGGGACCCUGCGCGUCGCCUGACGCCACACGAUGCCCUGAAACACGAAUUCAUCACAGGCGUCAAACUGCCGCCUCGGCCCAAGACCUACACCAUGAGCAACUCGCCCAACCGGCGGGUGCCGUCCAGCCGCCCUCUGCCUGAGCCACCAGGAACGGGCCUCAAGAGUGGCUCCUUCAUCCGCAGCCGCGAUGUGUCGGGAACCUCUCCUAUCAGGCACCAGACUGGAAAGCGGCACUCCACGGUGAGCGGGCUACCACCGUCGACGCCCGCCAGGCGAGGCACGAACACCACCACUGCACCGGGGUCCGCCUCGGGACUCCCUCGCGUGUCCGCGAGGAGCAUCAGUGGGAAGCCGGAUCUCGCCACGGCGGCGGCAGCCACCAGCUUGAGGACCAAAUGAUGUGACAGGUUCCGUCAGUAAUCUUUUUCCCCUAUUCUUUUUUGUUGCACGUAUGUAAUAAUAUUCGGUUGUGUCUUUUGUUGCAUAGACCGGAGGGGUUUUUUUCUUGUU